AUAGCAGAUUGGGAAACAAAAUGUGCAAGCAACCUAAUGAUAUUUCUCCCAACUUCAAUACUAAUCAUUUGAAACGAAAAAUUAAUGGGUUUAACAUUCAAUCAUGGGUUUAGGGUUUGCCACCUGCAGGCGCUCCAAAAAUGAUGAAACCCGGAAAAAAAAUUAUCCAUCUUUUUUACUCACCCACUCUGUAUUAGUAUGACUUAUUCUAAGAUUAAUGAAAGCCCACCUGUCCUUCCAAAGAAGUGAAAAAAGAAAACAAUAAUAAUAAAAAUAACGACUUUACCAAAGAAUCGAUGAUAACAACAAUAAACAAAUAGAGCAAAAUCUCUACUUGGCAAGCAAAAUGAAUGGAAAGUAAAGGAAGUGUUACAGGGGAGGGAAUGAAUGAGAAUCAUGUGACCUCUGGCCACUGCUUCUCUCUCUCUUUUUGAAUCAAAAGUUUCGAAGGCUGCCAACCCACAUUAUUUCCUUUUGCUUCCUCUUCUUUCUCAGCUUCUUUGGGUAAUUUUUCAAUGGCUUCAAGCGCUUCAAGGUUCAUCAAAUGCGUGACAGUGGGAGAUGGGGCUGUGGGGAAAACUUGCUUGCUCAUCUGCUACACCAGUAACAAGUUCCCCACUGACUAUAUACCCACGGUGUUUGAUAAUUUCAGUGCAAAUGUGGUGGCUGAAGGCAUGACAGUGAACUUAGGCCUCUGGGACACAGCUGGCCAAGAAGAUUACAACAGAUUAAGGCCCUUGAGCUACCGCGGGGCAGAUGUCUUUGUCUUGGCUUUCUCAUUAGUUAGCCGUGCAAGCUAUGAGAAUGUACUCAAAAAGUGGAUCUCUGAACUUCAGCAUUAUGCACCAAGCAUACCAGUUGUACUUGUAGGCACCAAAUUGGAUCUUCGCGAAGACAGGUACUAUUUAGCUGAUCAUCCUGGAUUGGUACCUGUCACCACUGCACAGGGAGAGGAACUCCGUAAACAGAUUGGGGCUGCAUAUUAUAUUGAAUGCAGCUCAAAAACUCAGCAGAAUGUGAAAGCCGUUUUUGAUGCUGCCAUUAAAGUAGUUAUCAAGCCACCUCAAAGACAAAAAGAGAAGAAGCAAAAGCCACAACGGGGAUGUCUAUUAAAUGUUCUUUGUGGAAGGAGCUUCAUGGGUCUUCAAUAAAAUUUCUCUUCUUCAUAUUAGUGUUGAAUUCAAAUGUCACGUGUUCUCCCCUGUUAAUAGCAUACCCAGAUUCCAGAAACCUUUUAUGACAAUCUGCUGUCAGGACAAGUGACUUCUAUUUGCACUGCGCUGUGCUAGGGAAAAAAAAGAUGCAGCAUAUGGCUAUCCCACUCUGAGUGUCACUUGCAUCGUGACCGUGUCUAUUAUCCGAUUUUAUGUUCUACUUGAUGGAUAAAGUAGAUAAUACUGGAUGCUAAUCUUUCUUUAUCCGUUCAUUGUAAAGAAUUGGAGCUCAGUGGCUUUGUAAGUGUGAGAUUGCAUUAUAGGAUUUUCUUGAUUCUAUUCAUACAUUUUUCAGGUAAUAUUUGGUUUGAGUUUUGCUCCCAAAGUAAAGAAAUGUUUUUUAGUUGGUAACCAAAUGAGUGUUACUGCUCUAAA